AUGUCGGUGGGUGACUGGGAUGAUGUCCUGGUGUCCCUGGCAAGCAGGGAUAGCUGGGAUACAGGCAUAGAUAGGCUAGCUUUAAACAGCCAUGAGACGGAGCUCAAGGCCCAAAAUCACAGUGUGGGCCUCUUGCGCUCUGUGACAGCCGAAUACAUGUCGGAUUCAGACGCUGCUGCAUCGGGCCCCCUUGCCAAGCCCGCCAACUUGAACUUUAGAGUCACCAGCUGGUGGGGACGUCUUUUGAAGCUUCACACGCAAGAGAUGAAUGUGUGCCACCAACAAUCAUUGAAUGUGAAAGCAGUGAUGUCAGCAUGUACGGGAAUCUUCUGCGAAGGCGAGGCACUCCGUGCGCUUGGUAUCCCGUUCCGCUGUUUGGCAGGGGCUGAGAAGGAUCCUCAUUUCAGAUCCAUUGUAGCAGCCAAUCACACCGUGGAGCACAUGUACGAGAGCUUGGAGAGCAUGCUUAAGGAUCACAGCACCAAGCAUGCCAUCAAUUUGGCAGUGACUGGGUCACCUUGUAAUCCUUACAGUGUAAUGCGCUGCAAGCGCUUUUCCGACGGCUCGGUGGCGAGCCACAGCAUGCACGGCACGACCAUGCAGUCAGUCGUCGACUUCUAUCAGAAGUAUGAGCCUCAUGUGGGAAUCACGGAGCAAGUGGCGGGAUUCGGCCAGCGAACAAGCACGACGGAUCCUACGAGUCCUUACGAGAGGCCACGUUUAGUCAAGAGUCAGGUUUGCUCAUUGAGCUCGAUGUUUGUUGCUUGUUGUCGCGUUUCGGGCAGCAUGUUUGUGAGGGGUGGGUGGGUGGUGAAUCAGUUCAGUUGGAGUGCAGGAUGCAAACCAGCAAACCAUGCAAACGUUUCCGCGAAUCGUACGGGUCUCCCCGCGAUUGGCUUGCUUGCUUCAUUCUGCCGAGUCUGUCUGCUUCUCUUCUUUGCAGCUCUGUCGCAUGCUUACAUUGGCUUGCAUCUGAUUCAUAUCUCGAUGCGUCUCGCUUUGUAUAUCUAG